CGCGUAAUGUUGACUGCUCUUUGUCAAUGCUUUCGAAUAUGGCUUUUUGCAAAUUAAUCUUCACAGGCACCGUCACUUGGCUCUUCUUCUUGUUCAUAUCUCCAUCUCAUGCUGCUUCUUCUGGCUCUAACAUUGGCUAUCCUGAAAAAGUUAAUCUCUCUCUUUAUUAUGAAACCUUGAACCCAAAUUGUUCAAAUUUCAUAGUUCAGAAGCUGACAACUGUAUUUGCCAAUGAUCUCAUCUCCAUAAUCAAUCUCAGGCUUGUCCCCUGGGGUAAUGCUUUCAUCGACAAUUCUAGCAAGAAAAUUGUUUGUAAGCAUGGCCCCGAAGAAUGCAUGUUGAAUACAGUUGAAGCUUGUGCCAUCAAUGUGUGGAAUGAUAAUUUGAACAAAUAUUAUGGUUUUAUCUACUGCAUUGAAUUUUUAGCCAUUGAGGGAAGGCACAAGGACUGGAGUACUUGUUUCGAAAAUUUUGGAUUGACUCCAAAACCUAUCUUGGAUUGCUAUAAUGGUGGAAAUGGAACAGAGUUUUCACUUCAAUAUGCAAAUGAGACUGCUCAUCUGAUUCCACCAGGUGCAUUUGUGCCAUGGCUGGUGGUAAACAAUCAACCAAUUAGAGAGGACUAUGGAAAUUUUACAAGCUAUGUAUGCAAUGCUUACAAAGGCAGUGUUGUACCCAAUGCCUGCAAAAACCCUUUACCUGGGACCAAUUUAGCCAAGGAGGCAAGUCCAGCAAAGACAAUGUCAAGGUUCAAACACGCUUUGCAGGAACACCAGAUACGAAAAUUGAAAGGCCAGUUUGUAUAGUAAGAUUAUCAGAAGGAAUAUUUAAUAAAAUGAUGUAAGCUUGUAAAGGGUAAGCUUUGUUGUUAUCUUGAUCUGACAUAUUAAUCUUAAAUGAAAAUGAUGUCCAUUUGGGAAUAUUGAAAACAAGCUUUCUACUUUGGUAUCAA